AAAUAUUAUAAACAGAUGCAAACUAUUCGACGAAUAGAAACAGCAUCUGCAGGUAAUUUGUACAAGGAAAAAAUAGUACGAGGUUUUUGUCAUCUCUACUCUGGACAGGAAGCAUGUGCUGUAGGAAUGGAAGCUAUGUUCCGUGAUACUGAUUCAAUAAUUACGGCAUAUCGUGCUCACGGUUGGACGUACCUUAUGGGUGUGGGUCCUUUUAAUGUAUUAUCAGAAUUAUCUGGGCAUAAAAGUGGAAGUUCUCGUGCUAAAGGUGGUUCUAUGCAUAUGUAUGCCAAAAACUUUUACGGAGGCAACGGAAUUGUUGGAGCACAGGUACCACUUGGUACUGGAAUAUCAUUAGCUGCUAAAUAUUUAGGUACUGGUGGUGUGUGUUUUACCUUGUAUGGUGAUGGAGCUGCUAAUCAAGGACAAAUAUUUGAGGCUUUCAAUAUGGCAAAAUUGUUGGAACCUUGUGUGUAUGUUUGUGAAAAUAAUGGCUAUGACAUGGGAACUAGCUCUAACCGUGCAUCUGCUAGUGUAGCAUAUUAUACACGAGGAGAUUAUAUUCCUGGUAUCUGGGUAGACGGUAUGGAUAUUUUGGCUGUCAGAGAAGCUGCUCGUUUUGCCAUAGAUUAUUGUUCUAGUGGUAAAGUACCAUUAGUUUUGGAAACAGAAACUUACCGAUACUCAGGACACUCUAUGUCUGACCCGGGAACAUCUUAUAGAACUCGCGAUGAAGUUCAAGAAGUGCGUCAAACAAGAGAUCCAAUAACAUCGUUCAAAGAAAAAAUCAUAGGAGCUAAUUUAGUUAAUAUUGAUGAAUUAAAGAAAAUUGAUGAUGAAAUUAAAGCUCAAAUUGAUGAUGCUGUAAAGAGAGCAAAAGCAGACAUGGAAAUUCCAUUGUCUGAACUUGCAGGUGAUGUUUAUUCAAAACCACUUGAGACUACAAUGAGAGGAGUAAGUCCAUUUCAGAGUUUGGAACACAUAAGAAUUGGACCAGCUAUAAAUUAA